GUCAGUUUUCAAACAGUGAUUGUUUUGUGUUUAAUUUGGAAGCGCACAAUCUAAUUGUCGAUUUUUAUCAAUUAACAAAAAGAAACUGUCCCCUUGAUGUACUCGUCAAAUUAAUUGUUUCUAUACUGCCUCUAUUCUUUUUGGGAAAUAACGAUUGAAUUGGUUUUUCUCGUUUUGUAAAUAUGUAAAUAAAGAAAAGCGCAGUCGCAAUAAAUAAAACUCCUAAGUGUUUUUAAAUAAAUUAUAGUUAUCAUGGAACCCCUGUUAUCAUCUGACGACAGCGGGGAUCGGGAUAUAAGGAGUUUAAAACAUCAGCUCACUGAAUUUGGUUUGGAAGAGGACAACUUAAGCAAAGGAGAAAUGUUGGAUUUGCUAAGGGCCCUCAAUUACUCCAAAGAAACAGCUCCAAAGGAGGAACAAGUUGAGACUUCUGAACAGAAUCCGGAGACUAUAGAAUGCACAACUGAAGCAGCAGCUAAAGUUACUAUGAAAAGACGAUACUUAAAUGUCAGUGACAGGAGAAUGCCUUGGAGUCUCUUACCAAAAUUCACAGCUCCAGCUGAAAAAGCGAGGACUUUGGCUGUCUAUAUUAAACUGAUGUCUAUUAACAGCUAUAGGCAGGCUCGUCAAUCUACAAACCUAGCUGUUUGGCCUCCACCAAUACAAAUAAUGGAGUCAACGAGAUCUCAACCUAUGAGGUCUACACGGAGUGGACGCUCCGUACCUGUCUAUACUGGUUUUGAUGAUGAUUCUUCAGAUUUUGACACUAUUAUUACUAAAAAGAAACGCAAAGUGUCUAACAGUGACCACUGUGACAUGAACUAUUCCAAUAAACUGGUAAGCCUAAAACGCAAACCAUCUAAAGACGAAAGCUUGAGACCAAUAAAAGAGGCAAAGAUCAUAGAAUUGACUAAAAACGAUAUAAAGGAUUUUGUAAAAGCAGAUUUUUCGAUUAUAGAAGACUGAAUUUUACUGAAACAAGAUUUGUGGUAUUAAAAUAAUUAUUGUAGCGACCACAAACACUUGAACUGUGCUGUUUUUUAAAUGUUUGAAUGUUAAAAGUAUUUUGAUUAAGUUAGAAUACUUUGGCUGAUUCUAUUUUGAUGUAAAAAUUUCUUAUGAAUAUGAAUUGCAAUGUAUUUUUUGGUUUCUCAUAAAAAUUGCAUACAGCGAGACAAUCUGUUGACAAGAUUUUGUGAUAUAUGUUUAUGUAAAACAUUUGCUGGCUCAAAUUAUUUGCAAUCCUAAACUCAUUAGCCAUUUUGUAAAUAUAUAUUUUUUUAUUACAAGUAGUUUAUGAAUUAUUUAAUAGUAUUUAUUACAUAUUCAAUUAUUUUAAUGAAUAAAUUUGAAUGUCCUAGUCAUAACCGAUACAAUUAGUGCAUGAUGUUAUUGAACAUACAUUAAGGAGUUAGAUAUAUGUAUUGUGUAUUUGUAAUAUUCGAAAAAUGAACUAAAAAAAGUUGCCAGUGCUAUUUAAACGCGCUGCAUUAAGGAAUUACGUCGUUAAUAAAAUAAUAUGACUAUAUUGUAGACUUAUUGUAGUCUCGCGAUUAAAAUUAUAAUUAUUAGUAAUGGCAAUAAAGCAUUUUACCCCAAA